GCGGAGAAUUUGGAAUCCACACCACAACCAUGCGGACCACUUGUGACCUCCUCGAAGGCUGCACCGAGUAAACAGGAGGACGAGGAGGAAUUAGCUGAGGGGGAACAUUUGGACGACGCGGCAGCGGCCACGGCAGCAGCUGCUGCCGCUGCAGAGUCCAAAGAGCAGGAAAGCCGAGUGAUACUGCUCAAUGCACCAGAACCCAGCCGAACAAAGGAUUUGUCAAACAUUUUACUCCCGCCGGAAGUUGCUUCCAUGUCUUGCCUAGAGUGUGGGGAUACACUGGCUUCUGAUGAUCACAAGUGA